AUGCCUGUUAUAGUUGUGAAAGAUUACGCGUGGAGGCAAACCGCUGAGAGCGUAAUAAUCUACGUGCCCUUGUCGGGACACCCGAAGAAAGUCGAUUUAUUCGUCAUUGACGAUUAUAUGAAAGCCAGCUAUCCGCCGUUCAUUCUGGAGCUCUUCCUGUGGGGGAAUAUCCUGGACGACCGAAGCGAGUGCACCUUGGAUGGCGAGGAGGCAAUCUUUUCCCUUAAAAAGGAGAAUGCCGGAGAAGAAUGGCCCACUCUGGUCAAGGAAAACCUGUCCAAAGAAAAUCAGAAGGAAUGCCGAAAUCAGGCGCAGGAACGGGCGCGAUUGUCGAUGGGGGAACGAGCGAAGGCCAGGAGCGAGAAACGCAAUAAGCUCCAGAAGGACGCCGUGAGGGCGCAGAUCGAUCUGGACACGAAAGUUUUGAAUAAAAUUGAAAGGAUGCGCGAUGCGCACAGGAAGGAAGCUAUGCAGGAGUUCGACGACUGGAAGUCCGAACACGAGGCGCCGAUUUUUCAACAUUUACAGGGCGCGCUGCAACGGAACAACAAAGCCUAUAGGCCGCCCCUGAAAUGGUUUAAGGACGAGUUUGGUGCGGUUACCAGUGAACCGGCGACCGACGAUAUGGCCCCAGUCCCAAAACCAGAUAAUAACACUCUGGGUAAGAACAUGAUCAAGUGGGAGAAGGCCAAAGCGGAGAUAUUUAGCGACAAGCAGCUCGAAGGAGAAUCAAGAGAACCCAAAAGGGCCCAAAUUACGGAAGUUCGAGACGAAGAGGAAUACAAAGAAACCCGAAGAGAAGAGCAUUCUGAACGUAAUCGACCUGCGAGCUCCUCAGAAAAUGCCGACUCCAAAGAGAACCCCACGAAUGGCUACGCGUCUCCGGAAACUGUGAUAAAGGACUCUAUGCGGAAAUUUCACGAGCAAAAGCAGAGGCGAGACAUCAAAACUAGAGAGCAAGGAGUCGAGAAUACAUGUUUAACCGAAGUUGGGAGGUGUAAGAAGGUUAACAAUAUUUUUGACGAACCACAGAAUUCAGUUCCUCGCCCUAGAACCAGCGGAACCAUCAACGUCACGUUUACCGAGCGUUCUUUUCCGACCCCUGCUCGGGAAAGCAGUCACGUAGAGGAACAAGAGUGGUUGGAAAAGCAAGCGGAAGCGAGGCGGAAAGUGGGCUUCGUGGCGGAAAACUUGAGACCCGAAGAGCAAGAUCCGCAAUGGCUCAAAGACAAGGGCGACGAAUUCUUCAAAGCUGGCAAUUAUCUCGGAGCUGUCAGCGCCUACUCGCAUGGGAUAAAACUGAGCGACAAGAUGGCGUCCCUCUACGUGAACCGAUCCGCUGCUCAUUAUGCAAUUGGGAAUUAUUACAGAUGCACCGAGGACUGCUCCAAGGCCCUGGAAUUGAUGGUACCCCAAUGCGAGGGAAACCGAGAAUCCAGAGCAAGGUGUCACGCUCGAAGAGGCGCAGCACUCUGCAAAUUAUCUGCACCGCAGCACGGCAUUCCCGAACUAGAAGCCGCCCUCAAAUUGGCUCCUGACAACGAGACCAUCAAACGCGAUCUUCUGGCUGCCAAGCAGUACUUUGACAUAAAGGAGUGAAGCCUGGAGUUUCUUCAACUCUUUAUGUUCCUCGGUUGAGAGACACCGCACACCGAGAGGCACGCCAGACUCGGAAUUCCAAUCCUUCACGAGUAUUGAAUGUCAAAUUCAGACUGCUCU